AAGAUAUCGAAUCGAAUCACCAUGAAGAGCGUACACAUCCUUCUUUUCUCUUACUGCUUCAUUUCUUCCGGUUUGGCCCAGCCAGCUGCACCGAUCCUCACGUACCAGGACAGUUUCGGCCGAUACAGUUUUGGUUACAGUAGCCCGUACUCAGCGAGGUCGGAAAUCAGAAUGUCGAACGGCGAAACACGAGGCGCUUACAGUUACAUCGAUGACGCAGGAGUUAUUCAGACAGUUGAGUACGUCGCUGAUGCAACGCACGGUUUCCGGAUAUUGUUCACCAAUUCAAUGCAAAAUACCGAAGGAGUGGUCGUUGUUCAAACUGGUCAACCACGAACGAAACAGAUGGAACAUAAAGAAGAAGAUAGGUUAGGGAAGAAUGAUGCAUUGCAAGGAUCUAUCGAGUUAUAUUAA